GCGCGCUUAGCGAUGCUCCGCGGGAAAAUGGGAGAAUAAUUGUUCUUUAUUUUUCAGACAAAGGCAUUGUCGCAUUAUGCCUAUUAUUUUUUUAAGUGUUUUAUAAGUGCCGUGUGUUGAGUGAUUGGAUUUAGUUAAUUAUUUUAUUUUCUACUUAGCAACAAAUGGAUGAAAAUCAAUCGAUAUAGAAAAUGGAAGAAAUCCCAAACCCUUACGAGAUUGAAGAGAUAACAGUACAAAAAGUGGUGGCUAGACUGAACCAGCGCGCGCCAAGGCGAAACUUUGACAAAUUUGGCGAAAGGGUUGGCCACGGGUUGGAGAAGGUUGGCCAAUACGUUGGCCAGAAGUUGGACAAGAUAAGCUAUGAGACUGAAAAGUUGCAGACAAAGAGCGAAGCGUCUUCUAGAAGGAAUAGCGAUGACGGUGGUCGAGCUAAGAAGGAAGGAUUUAGAUCAGAUGGAAUCAGCUCUGAACCUCCCACAGCGAGCGUGACGGCCCACGACGUGUGGGAUGAGCUGGACAGCUCCACGUCCACCACCCGAACAGAGCUCAGCCUGUCAGACGCUGCUGAAGAUCAGGUUAGACCACAACCCCGUCGACGUAGCCACGAGUCAGCGCUCCCUGGAACGCCCCUUCACGCCAGGACACCAUGGAAGUCAGCAGACAGCCUGGCUCCGGACGUUGCCUUCGGGUCUUCACUCGCUGAUAUCAUGGAGAGCCCUGCGAACAAGAUUCACCUCCGUGACGACAUAAGAUCCAUCAGGUCGGAUAGUUCAGAUGAUAAACCCAAGCCUGGUUGGAGACUAGUGAGGAAUAUGACAUCAGCAACCGGGGCUUUCUCCCCCAAGGAUGCGCCCACAGCACCCGCCUUGCCUGGUACCCCGCUGCCUGGCUUCCAGCCAAAAUCUGACAAGGGUUCAGAAUACGGUACCAAAGAUGAAUACCAAAGGAAGCUGUCACUGCCAAGUUAUCCCAAUGAGAAGGAAGAAAAUAUUGGGGAAACUAAUCCAGAGGGUCUGGAUCCUGAGUCCCUAAUGUUCAGGGACGGGAGACGGAGAAUCGACAUGGUGCUGGCUUAUGAGGAGGAAGAUUAUGGAGUCAUGACAGAGGCUGAAGCCAAGAGGAGGGAGUACCGGAGGACAUUUCAGGAUAACCUAAUUAAAGAAGGCUUAGAAUUAGAGCUAGAGAACAAAUGCUUGUCCUUUGAUGAGAAGACCUGGUUCCUAAAGAUCCACAUACCUUGGAAGACGGAGAUGAGGCUGGCUGAAGUAAUAGGGAUGAAACUACCCACUAAGAGAUUUAUUAGUAUUUCUGUGAGAGCGUGGAGUGAAGAGAAACAAACGGAAAAGGACAAGAAGUGGCAUUCAAAAUGGCGACGGCGGUGGAAGGAGUUGUACGAAUAUGAACACACCAGAAUCGAACCUGAACCCUCAUUCUACACCGCCACUGAAAAUAAGGGAGUCCGGCGGGAGGAACAGUUCCUAGUUAAAGAUCGACACACUCAGUUCUCUCCAGCUCAGAGAAGUUUAUUGGUCAUGCAAAUAUUGUUGAGAGCUAAAUAUGACAACAACGAAACUAAGAUGGGUAUCCGUCGGUUGCUCAACGAUGGAACCUACACAGCAUGUUUUCCACUUCACGAGGGUCGGCAUGAUGUGGACACUACUGAUGGCACCCUCACUGACAGACGGCUGCUCUAUCUAGAAUGGGCACGGCCAAGCAAAUGGUACAAGAAGCAGCCUCUCUGGUUGGUACGCAGGUACUUUGGAGACAAAAUUGGAUUGUACUUUUGCUGGCUCGGAUUCUAUACUAAGAUGCUGUAUGCUCCUGCCAUUGUUGGAACCCUGUGCUUUUUGUACGGAUUGGCUAGUAUGGAGUCCAGUGAUAAUAUUCCCAGCAAAGAGAUCUGCGACCUUGGAGGUCCAGGUAACACGACACUGUGUCCGUUAUGUGACAAGGCCUGCCAGUACCAGCGGUUGUCUGACUCCUGUCUUUUCGCCAAACUCACGUACCUCUUCGACAACCCUGCUACCGUCUUCUUUGCCAUCUUCAUGUCUUUUUGGGCAACCACAUUCCUCGAAUUAUGGAAAAGAAAGCAAUCAGUCUUAAGAUGGGAGUGGGACCUUGGUGGAGUGGAUCAGGAUGAAGAUCCCCGACCAGAGUUCGAGGCGUCAGUGAAGACGUUCAGAACCAACCCAGUGACCAGGGAGAAGGAACCCUACAUGCCUGCCUGGCAGAAGACCAUGAGAUACGUAGCUACCAGCUCUGCAGUACUCUUCAUGAUAACGAUAGUAAUGGGCGCAGUGCUGGGCACCAUAAUCUACCGCAUAUCGAUGGUGUCAGUGAUCUACGGUGGGAGCGGCUUCUUCCUCAAGCGGCACGCUAAGAUCUUCACCACCAUGACAGCUGCCUGCAUCAACUUGAUCAUCAUUAUGAUACUCACUAGGAUAUACGCCAAAGUUGCAGUCACACUCACCAAUAUGGAGAAUCCUCGGACACAAACCGAGUAUGAAGACUCGUAUACAUUUAAGAUAUUCUUUUUUGAAUUCAUGAACUUCUACUCAUCACUCAUUUACAUUGCCUUCUUUAAGGGUCGCUUCUACGACUAUCCAGGAGAUGAUCAGGCCAGGAAGUCAGAGUUCUUCAAGCUGAAGGGAGACAUCUGCGAUCCAGUUGGCUGCCUCUCCGAGUUGUGCAUCCAACUGGCGAUCAUCAUGAUCGGCAAGCAGUGUUUCAACAACUUCCUUGAGCUGGGCUACCCAAAGUUCCACAACUGGUGGCGCCGGCGCACUCACCGCGCCGUCACCAAGGAUCUGAGCAAGCCACACAUGGCUUGGGAGCAGGAUUACCAUCUGCAGGACCCUGGCAGGCUGGCGCUCUUCGACGAAUACUUGGAGAUGAUUCUCCAAUACGGCUUUGUGACGUUGUUUGUCGCAGCAUUCCCUCUAGCGCCAUUGUUCGCAUUGUUGAACAAUAUUGCUGAGAUCCGCUUGGACGCUUACAAGAUGGUCACGCAGGGAAGACGACCAUUGGCUGAGCGGGUCGAGGAUAUUGGUGCCUGGUACGGGAUUUUAAGAGGGAUCACCUACGCAGCAGUCGUCUCAAACGCUUUUGUGAUUGCCUACACCAGCGACUUCAUCCCUCGAAUGGUCUAUAAAUAUGUAUACUCACCAGAUAACACCCUGCUUGGGUACAUAGAUCAUUCCCUGUCGAUGUUCAACACAUCAGACUACCGUGAAGACUGGGGUGCGGAUGAGAACGAGGUGGACCCCCCCAUGUGCGCUUACCGAGGGUACAGGAACCCCCCCGACCACGCCGACCCCUACGGCCUCUCCCCCCACUACUGGCACGUCUUUGCUGCACGACUUGCAUUUGUAGUAAUUUUUGAGCACGUGGUCUUCGGCCUAACAGGCCUGAUGCAGCUCUUCAUCCCAGAUGUGCCAACGGAGCUGCGCACACAAAUGCAGAGGGAGGCCCUCCUAGCUAAGGAGGCGAAGUACGAGCACGGGAGGAGAAGACUAUCCACCGACCGGCAGCUGAUAACGCAGAAGAGUGAUGGCGGGGUUGCCCCUGAUAGACCAGGGGUCUGGCUUCGUCGCCAGUCCCGGGCCUCGGAUGGCCUGGACGCCCACGUAGCAGUGGCCCAAAGGCCUUCCUCUCCUCAAAUCACACACUGACAGUAGCUAUGAUCUCAUUAUAUUUCUAAGUUUAUAUAUACUUCAACUUAAAUUAACUUCAGCAAUAAGGAACAAAAUGACAUUGGUUACCUGACACUGGAAAGGCAUCCCUUUGGCAAAACAACAUAAUAUGGUCGAGGGACCAACCGCAUAUUAGUAGAAUAAUUAAUAAAGAAAAAGAAGAGUUCAUGACAUUACCCCUAAGGCACGUUGACAUAUCGACUAUUCAUUUUUUUCAUGUAAUAGCUAGGUCUCCAACAUGGGAUCGUCUCGAAAACGGGACAGGCUCUAAUACGGCAAUAUUGUCUCGAACACGGAAUUGCCUCGAAAACGAGAUAGUCUUGUAAAUGGGAUAGUCUGGAAAACGGGAUUUUCUACAUCAAGGCAAUAUUGUCUCGAACUCGGGAUAGUCUCGAAAACGUGAUUGUCUGCAUCUAGGCAAUAUUGUCUCGAACUCGGGAUAGUCUCGUAAACGGGAUUGUAUCGAAAACGGGAAUGUCUCGAACACGAGAUUGUCUCGCAUAGACUACAACUAGAAUAGACAUCAUUUAUUUGAUA